AUUGUGAUAAAAAACUGUAUAAUAUUAGCCAUAUGAAACUGAAGUCCUCUGAUCAUGCGUCUCUACUUCAACAAUGGUGGCAACAUGAUUUGGUUCUCUACUUUUUUUUUAACCGCAUGUUUGCCAACCAUCUUCAUUAAUUUUUCUGCUCUUCUCUUCUCUUACCUUAACCGGCGCAGAAUUUACAAUGGAAGCGAAAACAAAUUCCUCUCGUUAACCAUGGCACUCUCAGGCUUCGAUAACUAUUUAUAGGCAUAUGGAAUAGCUUAUCUCCCAGUUUCAACAGCUGCUCUCAUCAUUGCUUCACAGUGCUAUUUCAUGGUCAACCACAAAUUCACUCAUUUUACUAUUGUUGUUUUGUUAACUGCUGGAGCUGCGGUGUUGGGAAUGCAUACCAAAACUGAUAAGCCGGUUCACGAGACUCACAAGCAAUACAUCAUUGGGUUUUUGGUGACUGUCAGUAGUGUUAUAUAUGCUUUUUCUCUCUUGCCAUUGGUAGCUAGUGAGAUCAAAGCGGAGAAGGAUAAGAAGAAUCCAGCAGGAGACAGAAAUGUAAUCUUUGCCUGGAAGAACCAGAAGCGGGUGUAA